CCCGAGCGGGAGGGGCCUGGCCGCGGGUACCUGCUCUACGCCAGGCCGGCGCCUGCGGCCUGCCCCGGGGCCCUCCCCCCUCACAGGCCCGCACCGGCCCACGGGAUGAAGGCGGCACUGGGGGGCGCCGAGGAAACGGAGAAGCUGAAUAAGAUGAGUUCUCUCUUGGAAAGACUUCAUGCAAAGUUUAACCAAAACAGACCUUGGACUGAAACAGUGAAGCUUGUCCGUCAAGUCAUGGAAAAACGAGUUGCGAUGAACUCUGGGGGCCAUCAACAUCUGGUGAGCUGUUUGGAGACUUUGCAGAAAGCAUUAAAAGUAUCAUCUCUGCCUGCCAUGACCGAUCGCUUGGAAUCUAUAGCUAGACAAAAUGGCCUUGGAUCUCACCUUAGUGCAAAUGGCACUGAAUGUUACAUCACUUCAGACAUGUUCUAUGUGGAAGUCCAGUUAGAUCCUACAGGGCUGCUGUGUGAUGUGAAGGUGGCGCACCAUGGAGAAAAUCCUGUGAGCUGUCCAGAACUGGUGCAACAGCUGAGAGAGAAAAACUUUGAUGAAUUCUCUAAGCAUCUAAAGGGGCUUGUGAACCUUUAUAAACUUCCUGGAGACAACAAACUUAAAACUAAAAUGUACUUGGCUCUUCAGUCUUUGGAGCUGGAUCUCUCAAAGAUGGCAGUGAUGUACUGGCAAGCCACCAACGCAAGUCUCCUCGACAAGAUUCUUCAUGGCAGUGUUGGGUAUCUCACCCCAAGAAGUGGAGGUCAUCUGAUGAAUCUCAAGUAUUACGUUUCACCCUAUGAUUUAUUUGAAGAACGCACUGGAGCCCCCAUUAUUUUGCAUGAGAACAACGUCCCUCGGUCUUUGGGCAUGAACGCGUCGAUAACAAUCGAAGGAACCUUGGCUAUGUACAAACUCCCAAUUGCACCAUUAAUUAUGGGAUCUCAUCCUGUUGACAACAAAGGGACUCCAUCCUUCUCAUCAGUCACCAGUGCCAACAGUGUUGACUUGCCAGCUUGCUUCUUCUUGAAGUUCCCACGACCUAUUCCAGUAUCCCGGGCUUUCAUUCAGAAACUGCAGAGCUGCACAGGAAUCCCGUUGUUUGAUACCUCGCCAACGUUUGUCCCCCUGUAUGAGCUGAUCACACAGUUUGAGUUAUCCAAGGAGACUGAUUCUGUACCUUUAAACCACAACAUGCGCUUCUAUGCAGCUCUUCCAGGACAGCAGCACUGCUAUUUCCUGAACAAGGAUGCUCCUCUUCCAGAUGGAAGAAGCCUGCAAGGAACUCUCAUUAGUAAAAUCACUUUCCAGCACCCUGGCCGGGUUCCUCUCAUCCUCAACUUGAUCAGGCAUCAAGUGGCCUACAACACACUGAUUGGCAGUUGUGUCAAGCGAACUGUUUUAAAAGAAGAUUCUCCUGGGAUCUUGCAAUUUGAAGUUUGCCCCCUCUCCGAUUCCUGUUUCAGUGUAUCCUUUCAGCAUCCUGUGAAUGACUCCCUGGUGUGUGUGGUCAUGGAUGUGCAGGACUCCACACAUGUGAACUGUAAACUAUAUAAAGGGCUCUCUGAUGCUCUCAUCUGUACAGAUGACUUCAUUGCCAAAGUUGUUCAGAGGUGUAUGUCCAUUCCUGUGACGAUGAGAGCCAUUCGUAGAAAGGCAGAAACCAUUCAGGCGGAUACACCAGCCCUGUCCCUUAUUGCAGAGACAGUAGAAGACAUGGUGAAGAAAAACCUGCCCCCCGCCAGCAGCCCAGGGUACGGCAUGACCACAGGCAACAACCCAAUGAGUGGUACCACUACACCAACAAACACUUUUCCGGGGGGGCCCAUCACUACCCUGUUUAACAUGAGCAUGAGCAUGAAAGAGAGGCAUGACUCGGUGGGCCAUGGGGAGGACUUCAGCAAAGUGUCUCAGAACCCUAUUCUCACUAGUUUGUUGCAGAUCACAGGGAAUGUGGGGUCUACCAUAGGCUCAAGUCCAACCCCUCCCCAUCACACGCCACCACCAGUAUCCUCACCAGCAAGCAACACCAAGAACCACCCGAUGCUCAUGAACCUCCUUAAAGACAAUCCUCCUCAGGAUUUCUCCACUCUGUAUGGGAGCAGCCCUCUUGAAAGGCAGAACUCUUCUUCUGGCUCCCCCAGAAUGGAAAUGGGCCCUGGGGGGAACAAGCAAAAGAAAAAAAAAUCUCGCACACCAGCAGACAAGCCCAAGCAUCAAACUGAGGAUGAUUUUCAGAGAGAGCUGUUUUCAAUGGAUGUUGAUUCCCAGAACCCAAUUUUUGAUGUCAACAUGACUGCUGAUACUCUGGAUACCCCUCAUAUUACUCCAGCGCCCAGUCAGUGCAGCACUCCGCCUACUACGUACCCCCAGCCUAUACCUCACUCUCAGCCCAGUAUUCAGAGGAUGGUUCGACUUUCCAGUUCAGACAGCAUUGGAGCUGAUGUUACUGAUAUCCUUUCUGAUAUAGCAGAGGAAGCUGCCAAGCUCCCCAGCACUAGUGAGGACUGUCCACCCAUCGGAACACCUGUAAGGGACUCAUCUAGUUCAGGACAUUCACAAAGUGCCCUGUUUGACCCAGAUGUCUUUCAGACAAAUAGUGAGAACCCAUACACUGACCCAGCCGACCUUAUAGCAGAUGCUACUGUGAGCCCAAACAGUGACUCUUCAAACCAUUUUUUUCCAGACGGAGUAGAUUUCAAUCCUGACUUACUGAACAGUCAGAGUCAAAGUGGCUUUGGGGAGGAGUACUUCGAUGAGAGUAGUCAGAGUGGAGAUGCUGACGAUUUCAAGGGCUUUGCAUCCCAGGCUCUAAGUAGUUUGGGAGUGCAAGUGUUGGGGGGUGACGGGGGAGAAAAUAAAUUUAAAGGAAGCAAUCAGGCAGACAUGGUUGACUUUAGUAUUAUUGCAGCUGCGAGCAAAACCCUGGGGUCCUCUGACAUUAUGGAGCAUCAUAGUGGAAGCCAAAGCCCUUUACUAAGUACAGGGGAUUUGGGAAAGGAAAAGUCUCAGAAACGGGUAAAAGACAGCAAUGGCUCUGGGAGUAGUUUAUCGGGUCCUGGGCUAGAUGGUAAGCCAGGAAAACGCAGCCGGACCCCAUCCAGUGAUGGUAAAAGUAAAGAAAAGCUUCCAAAGCGGAAGAAAGCGGACACAGAAGGGAAAUCUCCCUCUCAUAGUUCAUCAAACAGACCUUUCACCCCACCAGCAAGCUCUGGUGGGUCAAAAUCUCCUGGAAGUUCAGGCAGAUCUCAGACUCCUCCUGGUGUAGCCACUCCUCCUAUUCCCAAAAUCACAAUUCAGAUCCCCAAAGGGACAGUGACUGUUGGCAAACCUUCACACGGCCAGUAUACAAGCAGUGGCUCUGUCUCCUCAAGCAGCAAAAGCCAUCACAGCCAUUCCUCCUCCUCUUCCUCCUCCUCUUCUGCCUCAGGCAAAGUAAAAAGCAGCAAAUCAGAAGGGUCUUCUGGCUCAAAGAUGAGCAGCAGCCUCUACCUGAGCCAAGGUGGCUCAGGUUCAGGUCAGUCAAAAAGCUCAGCUCAGUCUGCGGGAAAGCCUGGAUCCUCCCCUAUCACCAAACAUGGCCUCAGCAGCAGUUCUGGAGGUACCAAGAUGAAGCCUCAAGGGAAGCCUUCAUCACUUAUGAACCCUUCCAUGAGUAAACCAAACAUUUCUCCUUCACAUUCUAGACCAUCAGGGGGUUCUGACAAGCUUGCCUCUCCAAUGAAACCUGUUCCAGGUACUCCCCCAUCAUCUAAAGCAAAAUCGCCUAUCAGUUCAGGUUCUGGGGGCUCACAUAUGUCUGGGACUGGACCAGGGUCAAAUAUGAAGUCCUCUUCAGGAAUAGGAUCCUCCGGGUCCAUGUCCCAGAAACCACCUCCUUCAUCAAACUCUUCUACAGCAUCUUCAUCUUCCUUUUCAUCUGGUGGUUCUUCCAUGUCUUCAUCUCAGAACCAGCAUGGAAGCUCCAAGGGCAAAUCUCCAAGCAGAAACAAGAAGCCAUCCUUGAUUGCAGUCAUAGACAAACUUAAACAUGGGGUUGUUACUAGUGGGCCUGGAGGUGAAGACCCAAUGGAUGGACAGAUGGGGCCAAGUUCCAAUUCGUCAAGCCAUUCUUUGUCCUCCAAACACAACAUGUCUGGAGGCGAAUUUCAGGGGAAGCGGGAGAAAAGUGACAAAGACAAAUCCAAAGUCUCUGUUUCUGGAGGAUCUAUUGACUCUUCCAAGAAGACUUCAGAUUCCAAAAACAUUGGUAGUACUGGAGUGGCCAAGAUUAUCAUCAGCAAACACGAUGGUGGUUCCCCUAGCAUAAAAGCCAAAGUAACCUUGCAGAAACCUGGGGAAGGAGGUGGAGAUAGCUUAAGGCCUCAGAUGGCGUCUUCCAAAAGCUAUGGAUCCCCUCUGAUCAGUGGGUCUACUCCAAAGCAUGAACGCUGCUCACCCAGCCACAGUAAGUCACCAGCAUACACUCCUCAAAAUAUAGACAGUGAGAGCGAGUCUGGCUCCUCUAUAGCAGAGAAAUCCUAUCAGAACAGUCCCAGCUCUGAUGAUGGCAUUAGGCCACUACCGGAAUAUAGUUCAGAAAAACAUAAGAAGCACAAAAAAGAGAAGAAGAAAGUGAAAGACAAAGACCGUGAUAGGGAUCGUGACAAAGACAGAGACAAGAAGAAGUCUCAUAGCAUUAAACCAGAAAGUUGGUCUAAAUCACCUAUUUCUUCUGACCAGACUCUGUCCAUGACCAGCAGUGCUAUCCUAUCAGCUGACAGGCCAUCCCGGCCAAGUCCUGAUUUUUUAAUUGGGGAGGAAGACGAUGACCUCAUGGAUGUUGCUCUGAUUGGCAAUUAAUUUUCAAAAAAAAAUUUAAAAGAUCUCUAGGACCCCCCAGUGGGUUCUAGAGAUAGCAAGCAAAGAAUCAUUCAUUUCAGAGUACCACACUUACCUUGAGGGACAUGGUUUAAAAGGAAAACAGUAUUCCUGAGGAUCUCAAAAACCUGCACAGAAUACCUGCGAGUACCUCUCUUUCUGACUGGGAACGGCAAACCAGUCUUCUGACUGUGGCCCCCAGUCAGUAGCCCAUUUACACACAUGCUGAAUUUUACAUGUAUUAAUAGUCCUGUAAAGUCAAUGGGCGUAGAGUUAAGCAUGUGGGUAAGUGUUUGGAGGAACAGACCCUAAAUUGGUGCAAAAACAUAAGUUAUUAUUGAAGAAUUAUAUUUUCCCCCCUCCCUCUCCUUUUCAUGAUAAGUUUUUAGUAAGUUUUGAGCUAAUAACUUUAGGGCAUAUUUUAAUGUUUGGGGCUUGUGGUUUUCUCUUUUUUUGAAGGGUGUCUGGAGAAAAGAGAAAUGCUUUGCAGGUUUCUUUUAUGGAGUUUCUUCAUCAUUUAGUGUCUGAUUCUUAGAGGUGCUGAGGACUUCAUCUUCCAUUGACAUCAGCAGCUCUGCAAAAUCAGGCACUGUGUUUUGAUGGACAUCAACGUUUUAUUCCAGGUCAAAGUGAUGAAGGAUAUUUAUGUCGAUGUUUGAUUGACCUUGCAUUUUAGCUAUUUAUUUAUGCCCCUAUUUGAAUGCCUCAUGCUGUUUGUUUUCCAUGCAGUCUUUAUAUAUUAAUUGUGUGAUGCGGGGUCUGAAGGGACUCUGGGAGCUUGGUUAGCUGUGGGUUAGGAAAGCCUGGAAAAUGUGCAGCCACUGUAGCUUUGGUGAAGUUGGUAAAAUCACAGCAUGCUUUGCCCUGAUCUAAGCGCUGUUUGCUAGGUUUAAAGGAAACAAAAUUCCCCAGAACCCCAGCGCUGUGUAUAUAUGAAAAUUCACAACCUUUAUAGAGAUACAUUUAGGGCCCAAUCCUGCAAAUACUUAAGAAUAUGCUUAACUUUAUUCAUUGUAAAAAAAAAAAAAUAAUAAUCCCAUUUGAAGUCAAUGCAGCUAUUGUUACUCGUGUGCACAAAUGUUUUGUGGAAAUUUUUUAAAUCUUUCUGUUGCAAAAGUGCCUAGGGCAUUUUUAAUUUGUGUGUGUGCGCAUCACAUUUUCCCACAGCAGCAUUCUGGUAACACACACAAGCAUUCCCCGUGCCCUCCUCUCCCCCCACUUGAGAGAUUGUUAGCUCACCAGUAGGUGUGAAUCAUUCCUGUGCCAGUGUUAGUACUUGUGUUGAUUAAAAACAUGCUGAAAUGUCUUGGCUCUGUAAAACUUGAUUGGCUGCAAUAGAAGCAAUAAUUUCCCCAAAUGGCGGAUUUCCUUCUCUCACCAGGACUUUAAAGGAAGAUGCAGGCAAGACCUGCUAGUCUGUGUCCUUGAGAGGAUAGGAGCGAGAAGUCUAUUUGAUAAAUGAAAGCAGUUAGGAUUGUUUUGAUAGAGGAGAAGACACGGAAGAGCCUUCAGACAAGGGAACACAGGGUAUCUAAAGAGUACUGUGAACCCAUCUCCUUUUAGGUCCUACAGGGAAAUGCAUUGAGUUGAAAUCCUUGCCCCUUUAAGUUUCGCACUGACUUCAGUGGGGCCAAGGUUUUUUCACCUGUGGACUUGAGAAUACCCUUUAUUUUGGGUUUGCAGUUUGAAAAGCCUUCAAGGUUUAGGGUUCCUUUAAACUGUAGACAUUUCCUGUCUUGCAUACAGUCCAGCCCCCUGAUAAUUUUCAGGCCAAAACAGCUUCUCUUUUCUGGCUCAUGUAGAGCUCCUAAAAAACUGGAAUGCUUGUAUCUUUUCAGUGGGUUGGCUUCUACGCAGCUAGCUGUAGACUUUCCAUUCUUCCUGUCUUCAGCUCUAUUUGGGGCUGUAUACUGGAAUUACUAUUGUCACAUAGAAAGCAGGUGUGAAUUUCUCUCUCACACAAUAGCGCUCCCUUAUAUUUUUCACUUCCAUCCCUUGCUCCUAGUGAUCUGCAUCCCAUGGCUUCCCUCUCACCAAUACUCCCAGCUUCAUGUGCUGAGAUGAUAGACAGUAGUAAAUAAAGUCUAAACCUACAGCAAAUGACAUUAUUUGAUACAGCAUCAGAAUCGCAUGACUGUGUGGUGUCUAUGAAGAGGAUGUAAGAAAUAUACAACACCAGAUGACUUUAUCUUCAGACCCUGCUACAGUGGCUACAUCUUGGAAAUAAUACUUGUUCAGAUGGCAACAGGUUGUCAUCUGUUUUGGUUCUGUCCAUCUCAUUUAAGUUGCUUUAUUUAAAAUAGCCCUUUAAACUUCUUUGGAUUGUGUAAAGGCUUAGCUGAAGCUAACAGCACUGUUACAAAAGCAAAGCAAGGUUUGGGAGUUUAAGGAAUAAUUUCCUCAAUAAAAUGGACUGGCGUUUUAACAAUAUAAAAGAAGCAGUAAAAGGCUUUUUAAAACAUUGGUCAGCUUUGCAAAUUAUUAAGAUUUAAAUUAUAAAUAUAUUUUAAAUGAAAACAGCUGAAUCUGGUUCCUUCACUACUUACCGAAGACUCAAGUUCAGGGUUCUAAAUUUCUCCUGCAAGAGGUGGGAAUCAUUGCUAACACCUAAAGAAAUACAGGGAGCAAAGCUGCAUCCUCUUUAAGCAUCUAUGACUUUGAGUGCUGCAAGAGAAACUAAAUCCUGAACUGUAGUCAUAGCAGGUAAAUAGCUUUUCAAUCCGCUUAUAAUGCACUGUAACUCUUUCCCCUUUAUACACUUAUUUGUUGUACACUAAGUAAGGGAGAAAGACAGCCAUUAAAGGUCAGGCAACAGUUGCGUGAUGCUUCUGUUGCACUGAUCAGAGAUGAGGUACACUUGUCAAUAUUACACAAACAUUUUACAUGUAAAUGUUUGAUCUCUUACAAAUGUUUUAUUUUUAAACUAUUUUUGUUAUUCUCUAUGAUAUUUUACAUCUUUCAGUAUUGGAAAGAUAAAAGUGUAAACAAACUAAAAAAUUUUUAAAAAGGCAAACCUUUUAAUCUCAGGUUAAGAAAUGGAUGUUGAGAUUAAAAGAAAAUGGUUCUUUCCUAAAUGGUCAUUAUGUAAAUAAGUGUCUUCAGAUCUGCUUUUUGUGGGCAACUGUGUAAAUACUUCCUGCUAAUUUUUCAUUCUUUUUCAAUGUAGAGUGUACUUUCAACUUUUUUGGAAAUACUGCAAAAAAAAUGUUUAUUUACAUGCAAAUACAUUUCUUUGGUAAGAA